UUAAACAGAAAACUAUAUUAUUGAUGAGGCAGAAGUGUUAAUUUUCUAUAGCGUUGUGUGAUAUUUUUCGGAUAUUUUGACGAGUAAAUUCUGCGAUAAAUAACAAAUUUUUAUCGAAGAAAAAUGUCUUUGGCGGAUGAACUUCUCGCCGAUCUCGAGGAAAAUGACGACGCGGACGCUUUUAUGGAGGAACCGGAGCCGCAAUUCAUUCCGGCUUCGGUCUCCAAAGUUAUAGAAGAAGAGAUUAAGGUAUCCUCUGUUCGAGAGUUAGCCAAGUUACGAGACUCAAAAGGAUUGCAAAAGGUCAUGUUGCAGAUUGAAGAGCAUAUCAAAGUACCCAGAAAGUCAGCUGACAUUGUUGGACCUGUAGAGUCCGAUCCAGAAUAUCAGUUGAUAGUUGAAGCUAAUAAUAUGGCUGUAGAUAUCGACAAUGAAAUAGCCACUAUACACAGAUUUACAAGAGAUAAAUAUUCGAAAAGAUUCCCAGAAUUGGAAUCCUUGGUAGUUGGACAAUUGGAAUAUGUAAUGACCGUUAGAGAAUUGGGAAAUGACUUGGACAGAGCCAAAAAUAAUGAAAUUCUACAACAAUUUCUUACUCAAGCCACAAUUAUGGUUGUUUCUGUGACAGCGUCAACUACUCAAGGCCAAUUAUUGACAGAAGAAGAGAAAGAAGCCAUUUGUGAAGCUUGUGACACAGCAGUAGAAUUGAACAAUUGUAAAUUAAAGAUAUUCGAAUAUGUAGAAAGCAGAAUGGCGUUUAUUGCACCGAAUCUAUCGAUAAUUGUUGGUGCAUCGACAGCCGCCAAAAUUAUGGGUGUUGCAGGUGGUCUGACAAAACUCUCUAAGAUGCCAGCUUGUAACGUUCUAGUCCUAGGUUCUCAAAAAGCUACACUCUCUGGAUUUUCCCAAGUAACCACCUUACCUCACACAGGAUUCAUAUAUUAUUCCGAUAUUGUACAGGAAACGCCUCCUGAUCUGCGGAGAAAAGCGGCAAGGCUUGUGGCAGCGAAGAGCAUGCUGGCAGCUAGAGUGGACGCAUGCCACGAGAGUACGGACGGUCACAUUGGUCAAAUGCUACGCGAGGAGAUCGAGAAGAAAUUGGACAAGCUGCAAGAACCGCCGCCUGUAAAGUUCGUGAAGCCGUUACCGAAACCGAUUGAUCCUGGUCAAAAACGUGGCGGUAAACGCGUCCGCAAGAUGAAAGAACGCUACGCAAUCACAGAGUUUAGAAAGCAUGCCAACAGAAUGAAUUUUGCAGAUAUUGAGAAUGACGCUUACCAAGAAGAUCUUGGUUACUCGCGAGGAACAAUCGGCAAAGCCGGAGCUGGUCGGAUCAGGCUGCCACAGAUCGACGAAAAGACAAAAGUUAGGAUAUCCAAAACAUUGCAGAAAAAUUUGCAGAAACAACAACAGUGGGGUGGGAGCACUACUGUUAAGAAACAAGUGUCUGGCACAGCUUCCAGUGUAGCAUUCACUCCUCUGCAGGGUCUUGAAAUUGUCAAUCCACAAGCUGCGGAGAAAAAAGUGAACGAAGCAAAUGCGAAAUACUUUUCUAAUACUGCUGGUUUCUUAAAAGUUAAGAAAACGUAAACAAGAAACAUUUUUUGCAGUAAUAAACAGAAUAAAACGCGUAUAUAUUUAAUAUUCGUAAAUUUGCAUAUUUUAAAUUAUCUGGUUG